UGUGGCCUCCACUUUCUCCUCUGUCGCUCAGCAGAGGGAGGAGUAGACGCACAAAAAUGCAGCUUUCACAACAGCCUCCUCCGGGUCUCCAGCUAAACAGGAUUUUCCUCAUCUUAAUGAACUGAACGGCGAGUUUCGGUUCCUUCACUCUCCGCGUUUUCGUCUUCUGUCUGGAGGAGCAGAUGUGAGGAGUAUUUUCGGCACUAAACAUGGAGCCUUUGUGAUAGGAUGAGAAGUCCAGUGCCUCGAUUCAGGGACGUUGAGAGGCAGGCUGGCAGCCUGCCGCCCAUGCAGUGUGUCCCUCCCUGUCAUGACCGACAGAACACCAUGUGGUUCGUCCGUGAUGCCUGUGGCAUCGUCUGCGCGGUCAUCACAUGGCUGCUCGUUUUCUUUGCGGAGUUCGUGGUGUUGUUUGUUAUGCUGCUUCCUUCCAAGAACCUCACCUACAGCCUGGUGAAUGGCACCAUCUUCAACAGCUUGGCGUUUCUUGCCUUGGCGUCCCAUUUCAGAGCCAUGUGCACAGACCCAGGGGCUGUACCAAAAGGAAAUGCCACAAAAGAGUACAUAGAGAGCCUGCAGCUGAAACCAGGUCAGGUGGUCUACAAAUGUCCCAAAUGCUGCAGCAUCAAGCCUGACAGAGCCCACCACUGCAGUGUCUGCAAGCGGUGCAUCCGGAAGAUGGACCACCACUGUCCUUGGGUCAACAACUGUGUUGGUGAAAAUAAUCAGAAGUACUUUGUGCUCUUCACGAUGUACAUUGCACUCAUCUCUCUGCAUGCCUUGGUCAUGGUGGUCUUUCAUUUUUUGUAUUGCUUUGAAGAUGACUGGACAAAAUGCAGUACCUUCUCACCUCCAGCAACAGUCAUCCUCCUCAUCCUCCUGUGCUUUGAGGGCCUCCUCUUUCUCAUCUUCACCUCUGUGAUGUUUGGCACCCAAGUCCAUUCCAUCUGUACAGAUGAGACGGGUAUUGAGCGGCUAAAGGGAGAAGAUCCAACAUGGGAAAGGACUCCAUGCUGGGAAGCCAUGAAGUUAGCAUUUGGUGGUCCUCUCUCUUUGGCCUGGUUUAGCCCCUUUUCUGACCUUUCAUGCAGGACGAAUGGCUCAACCAACAUCCCUGCACCUCCCCAGGGUGAAAUCAUAGAGGAAGACAUCAUCGAGAUCCCCUUACAACACUAAAACCAUGCUGACCAAAGUCCACUAUGCACUGAACUCUCAGAAUGGUAGGAGAUAGUAUGGACUCCUACAGAUUGCCUGUUCUUGACAUAUAGAAUUUUAUUUUGAUUAUAACCUCAAGGGAGAGAGAAGAAGAGCUUUUAUCUUUGCCAGUUUUCUUGACUGACGGUAUAUUGGCCAUUUGUGGAGGCUCUGGGGCACUUUUAGGGAGACAUUAUGAUAGGUUCUGACCGUUGUCCAGUCCGCUGCUCAUGGUGUCCCCAUAACUGACGUUUUUGAGUUAAAUUAACUCAACUGGUAAUCAUCUAACUGGACUCAAUUUCUCAAGUAUAACUGGUUACCCAUGAAGACCUUUAUGCAAUAAGAACAAAUUAGUAUGGUGUCUCAAGUUCUUUGUAAUAUUUGGCUCAUAGAACUUGGUUACUCUAAACUUUAUGUACUGUAUUUAAUUGUUCCAAUUCCUUAUUAAGUGCCUUAAAGUAUCUUUUCAACCAAAAAUACCAAUAUUUCUCAAGUAUGGACCUAGUUUAACUAAAUCAAUAAGUGGGUAUUUUUGCUAGUUCGUGGAUCCCUAGAUGUUGGACCUUUGUUAUAUAGAGAGAAAUAAAACAUGAACACAGUCCCUUUUCUUUAUUAUAAUACAUACAGCUUUGGUAAUUUUACUAAAGUAAAUUUCAAGAAUUAAAGGAUGAGGACAAGUUUGGAAAAAUGAAAAUGGCCUCCAGCUGUACUCUGCAUGUCUAAUUAAAAGUGUUUAAGUAAAUCACUGAAUGACAGUAUAGAUUAAUAUAACUAGGCUUGAACAUUCCUACUUGAGGCAAUGCAUUAAGUGACCUAUUUUGGGUCCAUCUCACUUUACAUGGGAUGGCAUUCCUUUCUUUUAGAGUCUAUACAAUAUAUCUAUGAAAGUCUUGAUGUAACUGUGUUUUCUUAUGAAGGCCUGAAUUUUUAAAUUGUUAUUGUAGUGUUUUUAUAUAAAAUAACCACUUAAUGUGAAUAAAAGGGAAGCACACUUUAAUAAAAAGGGAACAUUUAC